AUGUACACAUCAACCUACUCUUCAUCAUCGUCACCUAUAACAAAUCAACUACAACAACAGCGAUCGACGACCACAUAUUAUCAACAAUUGCCAACAGAGAAUUAUUUGCAGCCACAAACAUUAACAUCGUCGUCUAUUUCAACAAGAAAUCAAAAUCAUUCUCCAACAGUGAAUAUUGAUAAAGUGAGACAUUCUAGUUCUCAAUAUCAACAACCACAAUCCUAUCCCAGUUCGAAUCAUCGGUUAUCACCCAAUAUGACACAAACAACAACAUCUGCCAAAACAUAUACAAUAAAUAAUUCAGAUAAUGAUUCCUUUAAUAUUCGAGAUAAUAGUGCACGUGGUUAUCCAGUAAAUUCAAAUUUAAAUCGUUACGAUACAUCCGCUUAUUCGUCUUCGUGGCGUACAGGGCCAACAUCAUACGGUUUUGAAUCAAAACGUUCCGACAAUGAUUCUCGUUCAAACGAACAAUAUCGUUCAUCAAAUAGUCGUUAUGAUAGUGGUGAUGGUGCUUCGAGUUAUCGUCUUGGAGUCAGUGGUAACGGGGCACGGUCUCAUUCAUAUGAUGAUUUAUUAAAUGAGCACACAAGUCGUUCACAAACAUUUUAUAAUUCACCAAGACAAGGUAAUGGCGGCGGUGAUGUUAAUCGAAAUAUAUUCAGUACAUCACAUCAGCAACAAUUCGAUGCUAUUGACAAUGAGUUGAUUGUAAAAUCAACCGAUUUAUCAGCAACACAAGAACAAGAAAUGUUAGAACUAAUACGAACAGCAUUUCGUAAAUAUGAUAUACAAAAUCAACGUGAAAUAGCUGGCUUUUUGAAACGUGGUGCAGAUAAAACAUUUCAGUCAUGUUGGCACUGUAUAGUUGGAAAACAAUUUAGUUCAUAUGUUACACAUGAAAUGAACGGUUUUAUUUAUUUAACAAAAGGUCCUUUGAGUAUUCUAUUAUUCAAGAGUGGAUAUUAA